AUGAGAUUUACCGCACUUACUCUUUUGGCCCUGGGUGCCUCAACCUCAGCCUACGUUGUGCCAAACAACAAGCAAGCCGUCGAUAAUGCCGUCAAAGCACGCAUGCCAGGAAGCGGACCUGUGCACGCGGCCAACCUCGUAGCUGCACUCGCAGAUCGUGGAGUUGAAGCUCGCCACCAUAAGGGUAAAGGCGGAGCGGGCGCCGCUGGUGGUGCCGGAGGCGCUGGUGGUCUAGCCAAGCUCUUCGGCCGUGAUGCUCAAGAGUUGACCCAAGAAGAGGACGACGCUCAUUGGGCUGACCUUCACACUCGCUCUCCUCACCAUAAGGGCAAGGGAGGCAACGCUGCCGGAGCUGGUGGCCGCGGCAGACUGUCUGGACGUGAGCCUGAAGCACACCACAAGGGCAAGGGCGGAAACGCUGCUGGUGGUGCAGGUGGCCGCGCUAAACUGUCCGGCCGCGACGCUCAAGAAUUGACUCAAGAGGAAGACGACGCUCACUGGGCUGAUCUUCACACUCGUUCUCCCCACCACAAGGGCAAGGGAGGAAACGCCGGCGGAGCUGGUGGCCGCGGCAAACUGUCCGGACGUGAGCCUGAAGCACACCACAAGGGCAAGGGAGGCAAUGCUGCUGGUGCCGGAGGAGCUGGAGGCUUGGCCAAGUUGUUCGGACGUGACCCAGAGGCACACCACAAGGGCAAGGGAGGCAAUGCUGCCGGUGCCGGAGGAGCUGGAGGCCUCGCUAAACUGUUCGGACGCGACCCUGAAGCACACCACAAGGGCAAGGGAGGCAACGCUGCAGGUGCUGGUGGACGUGGCAAGCUAUCCGGCCGUAACCCCCAGGAGUUGACCCAAGCCGAAGACGAUGCCCACUGGGCCGACCUUCACACUGGCGACAACUAA